CAUCAGACUCUCCACGCGCCGGACAAUCUGAAGAUGAGCACAACACACAUACUAACCUUUCCCGCUCUUCUCAUGCUGCUCUACAUUCCUAGCUCAGAUCCAGUGACUGUGACGACAAACAAAGCAAAAGUGGAAGUACAUGAAAACACAAAUGCUGUCCUUUCCUGUGAGUUCAGGACAGAGAAAGAAACAAACCCACGUGUUGAAUGGAAGAAGAGAGGCAAAGAGGUUUCAUAUGUUUAUUUUGAUGGCGAUUUUACAGGUGCAUUUAAGAGCCGUGCGUCCAUCGACGGGGCAACAAUGACCCUCCGUGGUGUCACACAGAAAGACUCGGGAGUGUAUCAUUGCGAAGUCACAGCCCGCCAAGACAAAAUCAAGCUGGGGGAGGUCACCGUCACCCUCAUUGUGCUAGUGCCGCCACAUGCGCCGUCAUGCGAGGUUCCAGAAACAGUCAUGAAAGGAUUUUCUGCGGAGCUCCACUGUAAAGACAAACUCAGCGUUCCUGCUGCCACCUACAGCUGGUACAAAGACAACAAACCACUGAACACUGGCAAGAUCGCUGAAAUCAACUACACCCUGGACCCCAAAACAGGGACUCUGAAAUUUAAGACGGUAUCACAAUCUGAUGAGGGGCAGUAUCGAUGUGAGGCAUCCAAUGGAGUGGGGGCACCCAAAAGCUGUGCAGGCCAGCAUAUGAAGAUUACUGAAUUUGAGCUGAACAUGACAAUAGUUAUAGCAUUAGAAGUGGGAGCGUUCCUGUUGCUUCUCUCGUGCUGUGUGUCCAUCUGUGUGUGCUGCAGACGAGGGUGCUGUCGACGCUGCCGCAAGAGUAAAGGAGAGACAAUACAAAGCAGAACAAAGACCAGCUGUAACCAUCCAACAGAUCCGAGACACUACAAACAUACCCAAUCCUUUGUGCUUUGAAGAGUGUGCACAUUUUGGACAGCUUCAUGCUGACAGAAGUGAAUUCAAUUGACCUCAAAGGCUAGAGAAUGAAAUAUUACAUCGAAUAAGCCUCUAUUAUCUCUGCCUUGCUCUUAUGGACCAUGAGAACAGAAACACGCCCCCUGGUGGUGAGAUCUGAUUACAGUGGGACCAUCCACAAAAGACCUAAAGUUAUUCUCUGCUGUUACUCUUUUACUACUGUAAAAAGCUUUUUUUUUUUUGGAUACUGCGUAUUAUUAUAAUAUUAUUUGGACUACCUAGUGUAUAGAUACUGUAAAAAUGUUGUACUAUUGUAUGCCAGAUUUGUCCAACGCAGGUUACAGGCAAUGGUUUCAAUCACCAAGCCACUGAGCAUAAAGGCCCAAUUACAGAUGUGAUGGUCCACUUGAUUCGAGCCGAAACAAGCUUGACUUGUCUCAGGAUGUCUCUAAAGUCUAUUAAUCAUCAUACAACUGGAUGGACAAACAACCGAGACAUUUCUCAUAAUAUCUUAUUUUACAUUCCACAGAAGAAACAAAGUCAAAUAUGCCUGGAACAAUAAAAGUGAGGCUACAUGAUGGCAGAAUAUGGCACGAACUAUUUGUAGCGUGCACAGAAAGCCAAUAGACAGAAAAUUCCUUUCAGCAAGAUCUGCACACUUAUCUUUUAGUAACAGAAGAAGUUUAAACUAAUCUUACACUUUUCAGACAUAGUGAUAACCACACUGUAGAGUUAAACAAUGUGUUUGAGCUUAUUUAACUGUUUGGUUUAUCCGAUUUGUGGCUCAAAUGAACCAAUAAUGUCACCAAAAACGAAAUGUUUUUUUUUGGGUAUUUUGUUACAUUAUCUCAAGAAAAUGCAAAAUUCAGACUUCACUGCAAUAUCUAUUCCUCUUUGUACUCAGAAUAAAUGACUUUAGUAUACACUUUCACUGUUAAAUAAAGAAAUGCACAGAUCA